AUGAGCAGCACUGGCCUUUUUAUCGGCCAUGAUAAACGGAUAGACUCCAAGCCUCAUAACAUAACUCCCAUUGCAAUUAAGCAGCAAGUAAUGAGCUACAUCGAUUCUUUUCCAAAAAUCGAGUCUCACUAUUGUAGACGAGACUCAAAAAAAGAGUACCUCUCACCAGAACUAAACAUUUCCAUAAUGUAUCGCCUAUAUCAGGAAUAUUGCGAAGAAAAUGAUAUGAGUCCUGUAUCUAGGUUCGUGUAUCAAAGUAUAUUACAUGAACAUGACCCACCGCUUUCUUUUUAUAAGCCAAAAAAAGACCAAUGUACUGUAUGCAAUGUUUUCAAGGCAUCGCAAAACAAAGAACCUUCACGUGUCAACUUCGAAAACCAUAAACGUCGAGAGAAGGAGUCACUAGAAAUGAAAGAGAAUGAUAAAAAACGUGCAGUUGAAAACAAGGGAAGAGAGUUCAGAGCAAUCUCUUUUGAUUUGCAAGCCAUUUUGCCCAUUCCCUUUGCAGGUGAUAGUCAAGUAUAUUAUAAAUCUCACCUCAAUGUAUACAACUUAACAAUCUAUGAUUGCUCGAACAAGGAUGGUAUUUGUUACGUAUGGGAUGAAACACACGGCAGCAAGGGGAGCUCGGAAAUUGGAACUUGUCUUUAUAAGUAUUUGCAAAGUUUACCUCAAACUGUUGAACACGUAGCUACAUUUUCAGACACCUGUGGUGGUCAAAACCGCAAUAAGUUCGUUAGCGCUGCAAUGCUAUACUCAGUUAAUAAGCUGACUAAUUUGAAAACCAUCGAUCUAAAGUUCAUGGAGUCCGGACAUUCCUAUUUAGAGGCCGACUCCAUGCAUGCCACUAUAGAAAGAGCAAGAAGACAUAAAAAAUUUAUACUACACGUGAAUGGUGUCUACUAA